CCGCCCUAUGGGGUCGAACGCGCCGGGGGCCGCGGGGCUCUGGGAACGUGGGCCCGAUGCUCGGAGCUGCCCGCCCCCCAGCCGCGACCCCCGACACAAAACCCCGGGCCCUAGCUGCGACCCCAGACCUGACCCUAGCCCAUAUUAUACCUCUUCAGGUUUUCCUCAUCUGGAAAAUGGGACAGUAAGCCCGUAUUUCUUUGGGUCUUGGUGAAGAUUUUUUUAAAUGAUGCUUGUAAAACGGAAAUAAUCAGAACUACAAACGUUUAACUCAGCAUCAGGCGCUCUUCCAGAUACUUUAACUCACUGAGUCUUGACAGCAACCUCAUCAGGUUGAUACUUGUAUAAACCCCAUAUUACAAAUAAGAUAACAGGCUCAGAGAGAGAAGCAGUUUGCCCAAAGUCAAGCCGCUAGCAAGCAAAGCAGAGUCGGGAUCCAAGCCCAAGCAUUAUGCCCUGAGCCAGGGGGGUUUAUCAUUAUUCUUGACACCAAGGACCAGAGAUUUCUAUACAUCCACCCUGUAGCCCCACCUGUACCACUCACUGGGGUGAUAAAACCACGGUAAGACCCCCAACUCCUGUAAGUGGAGUACUUACUCUGUGCAAGCAUUACCCAUGUUUGUAUGUUAUUUCAUUUACAGCAACUCCAGAAAGUCCUCUUGCCGUCAUCCACUCUUUACAGAUCCUUCUAGCCGUUACGAGGAGAACAGACCGUGAGAGUCAAGGGCAGAGCCAGGAGCCUAGGGAGGAGGUGACUGUACUCGUCCAGACAGACAAACGCCGCUCCUUGGAUGCCUCCUACACCUGCGGAGAGGAUCAUCUGAGCCGCCGCCACCACCACACACAGCCCACCGCAUCUUCACAGAGAAGCCGCGACUGUCUGCCAGGCUGUCCAGGAGGCUGGCACUGGGCAGUGAGUCGGCAAAGCAGUGUCUCAUCGUCUUUUCAGAUUGGCUGAGUGGCAGCUGAGGACCAGUAGGCAGCUUCCAAGAUGGGUGAAAGGAAAGGCGUAAACAAGUACUACCCUCCGGAUUUCAACCCUACAAAGCAUGGCUCACUCAACAGAUACCAUAACAGCCACCCUCUUCGGGAGCGGGCUCGGAAGCUGUCCCAGGGCAUCCUCAUCAUCAGAUUUGAGAUGCCCUAUAACAUCUGGUGUGACGGCUGCAAGAAUCACAUCGGCAUGGGUGUUCGUUACAAUGCAGAAAAGAAGAAGGUUGGCAAUUACUACACGACCCCGAUCUACAGGUUCCGAAUGAAAUGCCACCUCUGCGUCAACUACAUCGAGAUGCAGACAGACCCCGCCAACUGCGACUACGUGAUCGUGAGCGGCGCCCAGCGCAAGGAGGAGCGCUGGGACAUGGCAGACAACGAGCAGGUGCUGACGACAGAGCACGAGAAGAAGCAGAAGCUGGAGACAGAUGCCAUGUUCCGACUGGAGCACGGUGAGGCCGACCGGAGCACGCUCAAGAAGGCCCUCCCCACCCUGAGCCACAUCCAGGAGGCCCAGAGCGCCUGGAAGGACGACUUCGCCCUCAACAGCAUGCUGCGGAAAAGGUUCCGGGAAAAGAAAAAAGCCAUGCAGGAGGAGGAAGAGAGGGACCAGGCCCUGCAGGCCAAGGCAAGCCUGGACAUCCCGCUGGUGCCGGAGACAGAGGAUGACCGCAGGCUGGCCGCCCUGCUCAAGUUCCACACCCUAGACUCAUAUGAGGACAAGCAGAAACUCAAGCGGACAGAGAUCAUCAGCCGCUCCUGGUUCCCCUCCAGCCCGGGACCUGGCGCCAGCAGCAGCAAAGCCAGCAGUGUCCUGAAGAAGCUGUCCCAGAACCGCAGAUCUGCUCCCACGGGCUCCCCCAUCACCGUGGGGCACCUGGGCAUUGUGCGGCGGCGGUCCCGGGAGGUCCCAGAGAGCCCUCAGCACACAGCUGAGACCCCCAAGUCUGGGGAGCCACGGGUGCCGGAGGGGACCGCCCAGGACAGGCCCACAUCCCCCCGAGACUCUUCUCAGGAGACAGCCAAGACAUGCAAGAACAGUAGGCCACCAGGGCAGGAGGAGAGCUGUCAGGACAGGCCCCAGCCCCUGCCAGGCUCCUCCCAGGAGGCAGCCAACCCCCAGGACACACCCCAGCCCUGCAGCCUCAGCUCCUCCCUCGUGGCUGACUACUCCGGUUCGGAGAGUGAGUGAUUCUGGGGGCCAGAUUCACUCAGGAGGCCAAGACCCACCGAGGAGGCCCCUCACAGGCUGCAGCCCCUUAACCCGCCAGCCCUUGGAGAGCUCAGUGACCACCCUCCCCAGACCUCACCUCCUCACAGUAAUGGAGUUGUUAUUUAUUUGGUCCUGGAGAGAGUGUCUGUGCCUUGUGGGACCCCCAACCUCCCAGCAUUAAAACCCUGCUUCUUUG